UCCGCUGGGAUCUCCAGGAGGGAAUCUCCUCCCAAUGCCCACGGGAACCCGCCGCCCGAGGGACUGGCUCCCCUUCCCCCUGGAUCCCGGGAUCUGCCUCGCCUCUCCCCGCACACCUGAUCGCCUAGGUGGGAUCAAUUUCCCGGCCGUGAGGAAGGAUCCUACCCUACCCGGGCAGGACCUGCUCCCUGAGAUGAGGCAGCCCUUUGAUCAGGGCACCAUGAGCCUGGAUCCCACCCUGCAGGACGCGGUUCCGACCCCCUCCCCGGUGGGGAAUGCAUUCCCACAGGGAGCGGCCGGGGCCGGGGGAACCGAAUGGACCCCCCCAGUCCUGAUGCAAGGGAUAGGAUAACCCCGGGAUGGGGCAUCCAUGGCAGGGGUGACCUCAGAAUGCGGUGGCCCAGGCAAAGGGGUCACCCUGCGUGCUGCCACAAAGUGAGGGGUGACGGAGAGCCCCCGGAUCCCGUGUUCCUGCCAGUGGAGCUGGAGGUCCUCGGGGUGCCCGAGUCCUACCGCCUGCAGAGGGUGGAUCAGGACGUGGCCCCCAACUCUUCCCUGCACACCCGCUCCGAGACAUUCCUGCUGCUUCGCGCUGGAUCCCAGCCCCUGGUCCAGGCCACCUACCCCCCAUUCAGCAUCCGCCAGGAGGUGCCCAUGGAGAGCCCCCCCGGCUCAGCGGCUUGGGCCAUCCGCGCCGUGCCCCUGGAGAGCUCUGUGUCCCACGCCGAGCCCGUGGCCCGUGUGCUCUUCCAUCUGCAUGGGCCUGACUGGAUGCCUGGGAAGCGGGAUCACGCCGGGACCCAGGAUCACCCCAAGGACUGGGACCACCCUGGGGGUCAGGGUCACCCCAGGGACUGGGAUCACCCCGGGGAGCAGGACCACCCCGAGCAGCGGGACCACCGUGCAGUCCGGGAUCGCCCCAAAGACCGGCACCACCCUGGGAUUCAUGAUCACCCCAAGAACUGGGAUCACCCCAAGGACCAGGACCACCAUGAGCAGCGGGACCACCCUGGGAACUGGGAUUCCUCAAGGGAUUGGGAUCCCUCCGGAGCUCGGGAUCUCCCCUGUGUCACCCUCCAGGCUCACCACCGGGGGCGGGUGGCCCGGGGGACAUGUCGCCUGCAGGCCCCGCUGGGCGUGUGCGUGGUGGAGCUGGAGAUCCCUCCACGCUGGUUCUCCCCGGGAUCCCUCCAUUCCCACCGGAGCCGCCGGCGGGAUUCCAACCCCUUGGAGCCUCUGGAGCGGCCAGAACCGGCCGAGCUGCACUACAGCGUGGGGGAGUGCGGGGCUCGGGAGCAGGAGGCUCCCAGAUUCCUGGGAAUGCUGGAGCUGCGGGCAGGAGAGCCGGAGCGGCAGCAGGAGGUGCGGCUGGACGACAAGGUGCUGCUGCGUGUCCCCAACGUCCCCCUGCGGCCCGGGCAGCGCUUCACGGCCACCAUCGCCCUGCGCCACAACUUCACCGCCGACAGCCUGACCCUGAGGAUCAAGGCCAAGAAGGGCCUGCAGGUGGUCUCUGCCCAUCCCACAAUUCCCAACACUUGGAGCGCACACCUAGAGCGUUCCCGCAGCGCCAAGCACUCCACGGCCGUGGUGACGUGCCGGCGCCUCGGGGACGUCCCUGCCGUCCCUGACACCUCCAGGGCGUCCGAGCCGGCCGCGUUCCUGCACGUGGAUGUGGCGGUGGAGAACGGGACAGGGGGGCUGGCGCCGGCACGGCCCCUCACGUGGCAGGUGGAAUAUCCCGGCCAGGAUCCGGAGGCGCAGAAGGACAAACUGGUCUGGGAAAUCCAGGUGUCGGAGCGGGACAUCCGCGCUCUGGUCCCGCUGGUGCAGGAGCUGGAGAUCCUGAACACUGCGCCGCUGACCGGGGUCCCCCGCGUUAUCCCGGUGAAACUGGUGGCCGUGGAAGCGGGGGGUGGAGUGUCCGAGCUCACAGAUCCCGUAGGAUGCGAAUCCGCCGACAAGCAGGUGCUGCAGGUGUCGGAUUCCUGCGACCUGGUGUUCGUGGGGGGCAAGGAGAGCCGAGGGGCGCGGGGCGCCCGUGUGGAUUUCUGGGUGCGCCGGCUGCGGGCAGAGCUGAGCUUCACCGUCUGGGCUCCGCUGCUCCCGCUCCGCGUCCAGCUGGCAGAUCCCAUCCUGGAGCAGCUGCGGGGCUGGAGACUGCCCGAGGGGCCUGACAGUGCCACGGCGGAGUCCGAGGACCCCGCGGAGGAGCCGGAGCGGCGGGCGCGGGGCUGCCGGCCCCAGUUCCAGCGCACGGGCCUCCGUGUCCUGGCACACUUCGUGGCCCACCCCCUGGAUGGUGGCCGUCACCUGUCCUACCUGCCCGGCCCCGAGUGGCUCCUGGAUGUCACGCACCUGGUGGCUGCCCGGACCCGUGUCCAGGACCCCCGCGUGGCCUCGCUGGAAGCGGGGGCCGUUGUGGUGGGCCGGGAGCCUGGCGUCACCUCUGUCGAGGUGCGCUCCCCGCUCUCCAACUCCAUCCUGGGGGAGCAGACGCUGGUGGUCUCUGAGGAGAAGGUGACGGUGACAGAGCUCCACACCCAGGUGGUGGCCGGGCUCUCCUUAUCCCUGCGGACACAGCCAGAUCAUCCUGGCGUGGUCACCGCCACCGCCCUGGGGACACCCACGCUACGGGCCCUCAAGCAGGAAGCGACGCUGUCCAUCUGGCUGUCCUUCUCCGACCGCACGCUGGCCCCGCUGGAGCUCUACGGCUGGCACGACGUGGCCUUGACCGUGACGUCCCUCGACCGCACCGUCGCCAGCGUCGGGGGGUCCCCGGGGGGCCCCGCCGCCCGCCCCUGGGUGGUGGCUGAGGGUCCGGGCCGGGGGGCCCUGCUCCAGCUCAGCCUGCACCCCCCGGAUCCGUGCCGGCGCGGCCGGCACCGCGCGGCCGCCCUGGCCACCGGCACGGCCUGGCUCGAGGUGGGGGUCCCCUCCGCCGGGAGCCCCCGGCCCUUCCCGCGGGCCGAGGGCGCCAUGUCUGGGGAAGCGGUGACCGUGGGACGGAGGGACCCCGCAGGCGUGGGGCCAGCAGCCACCAAGCUGCAGGGGUCUUCCUCGGAGGAGGAGGAAGGCUACGGACACAACCGCGCCGGCAUGGAAGAGGAGGAGGAGGAAGAGGAGGAGGAGGAGGAGGAGAUGGUGAAGGCUCCGGAGCGGGUGACCGACCUGGAGAUCGGGAUGUACGUGCUCCUGGGAGUCUUCUGCCUGGCCAUCUUCAUCUUCCUCGUCAACUGCAUCUUCUUCGUGCUCCGGUACCAGCAGAAGGAGCUGCCCGAGCCGGGCGGGGCCCCCUCGGCCCCACAACCCCACAACUGGGUCUGGCUGGGCACCGACCAGGAGGAGCUGAGCCGGCAGCUGGAUCGGCAGCAGCCGGAUCGGCCGCAGCCGGAUCGCCGGCAGCCCGAACCCCCGGCGUCCCCGGUUCCCCCCUGUGGCUGCGGGGCUCCCCCGGGCUCCGGUGAGGACGGGGCUCCCCCUGGCUCCCCGGCCCCCGGAGCGCCACCGCCCCGCAAGGAGGGAUCGGCUCCGGGGGGCGGCCGCAGGAAGCGGGUGGAGUUUGUCACCUUCGGGCCCCCCCGCGCCCCCGAGGAGCCCCCCGCGGCCGCCCCCCACGUCCAGUCCAUCCUGGUGGCCAGCGAGGAUGACAUCCGCUGGGUGUGCGAGGACAUGGGGCUGCGGGAUCCCGAGGAGCUCCGGAGCUACAUGGAGAGGAUCCGCGGCAGCUCCUGACCCCGAGGGGGAGACAUCCCGGACCCCCCAAUUCCCGGGCACACCAGUAAGGGCCCGACCUCCUCCCCGUGCCGUGCUGGGGGGACACCGACCCCCCCCUGCCCAGCGGGACGUGCCGGGGACCACUGGUGGCCUCCCGGGACCACCCCGAGGUGCCCGCAGAGGGUGAGGAGGAGAGGGGGGGGGUCUCCCGGCCCCGUCCUUAGACGGGCUGGAUCCCGGUGGCACCGCACUGGGGAGGAAUUUGGGAAGCUCUUACUGCUUUGGGUCUCAUUGCGACAUGGUGUUCAUAGUGGUGAUGAUGAUGGUGGUGAUGAUUCCUGUGGUCUGAUCCCGGGGAGGAUCCCGUGUCCCCCCCACCUUCACCCCGGCCGCACAUCCGUUUUGUACGCAUUUUUUUAAUCGGGAACGCCCGGGAAGGGGCUGCCAGGGGCUGGUAUUUAUGGAAAAUUUUUAAUUCUGACGUUGUUACAAAAAUAAAGUAUUAAAAAAAA